CUUAAGAUCCACUGGUAACGCGUAGAGAUGAGGAAGGCUGGGAAUUCUAUUGGCUCAUAUAACUCUACAAAAAUGAGUUCGACUUCUAUAUUCAACAAUGCAAAGAUCUGCUGGGAAGGUGGAACAACAGCAGGAAUGUGGGAGGCAGCAAUUAAAGAGAGGCAUUCCUAAACGGCAAGGGCGACAGAAGGAUUAUUUGACCAUGACUAUAUGCUUGACUUCGCAAGUUUCAAUCCUGACUCAGAGGGAAGUUCGGCUUUCGAUACCAAGCAGGUGCCUAAAGAGUCGAAAUCAAUAAGAAAAACGGCAAAUAAAAGAUCACGAAGAGCUUGGCUCACUGCGAUGGCAGAAACGAGUCACUCGUACAGAACUAGGCUACAUCAAAGGGAUCAUUGAAGGAGAUGAUAUUUACUAGUUCACACUUGCAAUAUCUGCAAGGUUUAACAUUAUCAACAGACUUUUAAAAAGCAACAGAUGUAUUGCGAUUUUAUAAAUGGGACAGAGAUGACUAAAAUCUGACCUAGUAAAAGACAAUCGUUUUGCAGUGAGAAAAUUGCAUAAAAGUAAGAAUUUAUGCAUAACCUCAAUGAGUUUUCACGAAGAGCCUGUUUUAGACAAAUUGGAAGAUGUUACGAGAUAUUAAUUGCUCUUGUUUAUUUUAAAGACACUUUAAUUUGUGUGCAUACUGUAGUGCAUGAGGAAAAGGGAGUGUUUUUGACCCUGUCUAAAAUCACUGUCAAGUGAUGCGAGUUAUCCCAAAUCCACACACAGGGAACAACACCGUUGACAACUUUGCACUAUGGAUUCAAAGAUCUUUUUGACUUGGAAAAGAGGUUUCUCUUGUUCGGGGACUUAAGUUUAUUUUUGCUAUUUAUUUCUUUUACUACUGAACAAUUUCUCACUAGAUUGUUUCAAAGCUCAUAUAUAAGUCAAAAUAGUCAAAAAGCUAAAACAAUAAAAAUCAACCUGAUUUUUUUACCCUCAUCGAGUUAAAAAAUCACUUUGGCUCUUAUGGGAAUGAAACACUCCUCCCGCUGCCUGCUCCUAAGGAGAAAAAUGGCGGAGACCGAGAAUCCAGAGUGUUUCCUUAGGAAAAUGGUAGAAUCCUGGUCUGGUAUUGUACUGCAGCAGAUCAACAGCGCCCCGUCGCAGUCUGUCCAGCCUAUGCCACUGCCCAAACCAGUACAAUCCAUUCAGCAUGUUUCCCACACGUCUGCCUUGCCCAGCUGUCCGGGGCGAGGGAAGAUGGCCAAGUUCCUCAGCCCUGAGGAAAUGACCUCCAGGGAUUACUACUUCGACUCGUACGCUCACUUUGGCAUUCAUGAGGAGAUGUUAAAGGACGAAGUCCGUACACUCACGUACCGGAACUCCAUGUACCACAACAAGCAUGUCUUUAAGGACAAGAUUGUUCUGGAUGUGGGCAGUGGCACUGGGAUUCUUUCCAUGUUUGCAGCCAAGGCAGGUGCCAGGCAUGUUUAUGGGAUUGAAUGUUCCAGUAUAUCUGACUACUCAGAGAAAAUCAUCAAAGCCAAUCAUCUAGACAGUGUUAUCACAAUCUUUAAAGGUAAAGUGGAGGAAGUGGAGCUGCCGGUGGAUGAAGUGGACAUUAUCAUCAGCGAGUGGAUGGGUUAUUGUCUGUUCUAUGAAUCCAUGCUCAACACUGUUAUUUUUGCCAGAGACAAAUGGUUGAAACCUGGAGGGCUGAUGUUCCCUGACCGAGCGGCUUUGUAUGUGGUUGCCAUUGAAGACAGACAAUACAAGGACUUCAAAAUUCAUUGGUGGGAGAAUGUGUAUGGCUUUGACAUGACCUGCAUACGAAAUGUGGCCAUGAAGGAACCCCUGGUGGACAUUGUGGACCCCAAGCAAGUGGUGACGAACUCCUGCUUGAUAAAGGAGAUAGAUAUAUACACAGUAAAGACUGAGGACUUGUCCUUCACCUCUGCAUUCUGCCUUCAAAUUCAGCGCAAUGAUUACAUCCAUGCUCUCGUCACCUAUUUCAACAUUGAGUUCACCAAGUGUCACAAGAAAACAGGUUUCUCAACAGCUCCUGAUGCUCCAUAUACACACUGGAAGCAGACAGUCUUUUAUUUAGAGGACUAUCUGACCGUGCGGAGAGGGGAGGAAAUCUAUGGAACCAUCGCUAUGAAACCCAAUGAGAAGAACAUACGUGAUUUGGAUUUCACUGUUGAGCUGGACUUCAAAGGCCAGCUUUGUGAAGCUGCAAUAUCUCAUGAUUAUAAGAUGCGUUAAACAUUCAGGGGAAGAUACAGUCAGCAGUAUUUCAUAGGUGCUCUCUCUACUCUUGCUGGAGAAAAAGAAGGAACAGUACUUCAGUGGCUUCGAAGUGGUGACUGUGGGAAAGCAAUGAGCCAGUUGGAAGAGGAUUGUACUCUGUUUUGCUGUCAUCAACAUCAGGCACCACAAAAAAAGAAUAAAAAAGUAGCCAAACUUGUCUUUUGAAGCUGACAUUUUGCACUCAUCUGACUGUUCAGAAAGUGACUUCGAAUGUAGUAACUUACGAAUGUUGUUUUUGUUGUUUCAUUGAGAAGAAUAAAAUGAUUGUAUAUUGAUUUCGAUUUCAAGGGUGCAUAGGUGGAUAUAGAUCUUCCACUUUCACAAGUUCCAGAAUAAUCAGGGCUUGGGAGAAAUACAACUUCUUUUGCACUUAUAUAAAUAUAUAUAUAAAAAGCUUCCAGUAAUUUACAGUACUCUCAUACCCUGGUUGUUUGUGAAACGUUAGUGAAAAGUGACAGUACAGUAUGUGUUUAAAGUUUCCUGUUCAUACGGUAUAGAGUAUCAUGCUGUAAAACCCAGUGCUGGUACUUGAUUAAUUGCUGGGUACGAGAAUUUCAACUGUUACUGGUUUAAUUCCAAUUAGGAAACCAUAUUUUUCUACCAGUGUUCCAGUAAUAUACUUUCUAAAUAUUUUCUUAGGGAUAGAUUAUUAUGAUUUAGUACCAGUGCUUCAUUAUUAGUGAAUAUAUGCAUGUGAAUUCUUUCCUGUUUUUGUUAUCUAGAAUUUUUGAGAGGAGAAAUAUUGUGAUUUAUCAAUAAAAUAUGUUAGGGUAUACAUACAUAUAGGUUUAGAUUCAAGACAUUUUCUGGAUUCAUUGAGAAUUUGUGUUUAAUGAAAAAAAUGUGAUAAAGCAUGAAAAACAAAAUAGACUAAAUUUAAAGUAUAUUUCAUUUUCCACUGUAGUGUUCUCUAAUGCAUCAUUAUAGUAAUUGUUUAGUAUUGAAUACAUUAAUGAAAUAGUCUGAAUCAUGGAUGGUGAUUUUUGGGGGGUAAAAACUCACAUUUUGUGAGACCAUUCUUGAGGAUGAAAGGUCUAGCUGCAGGCUGAAAGGCCUCAGAUUGGCUACAGGAAGCUGUAACAAAUGCACCACUGACUCUACAUCUGUUACACUGUGAUCAUUAACAUGUCAGCGUGUUUUAGAAUGAGAUGUUUGAUCCUGUUGACUGUGGUGAUUCUUGGUUGUUCGUAUAGUGACAUUAAGCUUAACUGGUGACAUUGAACUUAACCUGAUCUCCCAAUGUUACAUGGUAUACAAAAGUCAAGCUCCAUUCAAACAGCUGCUUUCCAGUCACAAUGCUGAAGGAACUAACUUUUAUGUAAAAACAACAACGAGCAAUUCAGUGGUUCUAGAAAUGUAGGACUGUAGUGUUCUCUGCAAGUAACCUAACACAUACAAUGAAAAAAACACCCCUCCAUUGAAGUGCUUUAUGCAAUUUUGGAACAUGAUUACUUUUUCUGCAGUGAUCACACCAUGGAGAAUGAUAACAACAUCGUUGCUUUCCUGCUCACCUCUUUCCAGCAUGGUCAUUGCCAAGGACAUUUGUACAGCAUUAAACAAAUCUUUACCUCCAUUGGAAUGGGACAGUUAUUUCUGGUGUAAUUUCUUCUCUUUGUAGUGUAAAUAUAAGAAAUAGCAAUACAGUAUUUUUUUCCUCAAGGUUUAAUGAAUGCCUGAUGUGGCAAGAUUUUAUUUUUUUCCUUGCAAAGUUCAUUUCAAUUGUUAAUUCACUUGGAAUUAAAUGUGUCGAGCUUUUAUGUACCAUAAUAAUUAAAGAAAAAUCAGAAGAGUACAAAAACAGAAGUGUAAGAGCAUGCAACAUUGCAGUGUGUUAUCUUGUGACUUAAAUUAAAGUAAUUAUAUGUUUUAAACUUUA